AAUAGUUCCCUCCCCAGGAAGUGUUUCAGAACUUGCUAGUUCCUUUUUCCGGAAGAAAUUCCCUAGGCUCCUCGUGGACAGGCUGAAUCUGUUGCUCCCAGUAACAGAGGUGACGGGGGAGAAAAAGGCCCCGGUACCCGCCUAAUCUGAGCGAAAGAGCCCGAAAUCCUUCCUAUCUGUCUCUGUAUUCCCUCCCCACCCCUUGGGACAGCUCCGAUUCUUUCUGCCCCUUGACGACCACAGAAGCGCGCGGGCGACACAAGACAGGCUCUGAAGAAGAGGUGCUCCUCUCCCCUAACGCUGGCCCUUUCCCCUCGUCGAUACACGCUUUCUUCCUCUCUUUUGAAGUUAUUUAAAAACGUAAUAAGCCUUUGUGAAAGCCAUACGUGCUCCCAGAAUGUCUGCAGUUGAAGAUGCUGCUCUUGUGUUAUCUGAAGUGAACCUUGGUGAUACAUGUAAGCCAUUAGGUGAGAACAACGAAGCCAGUCCCGGUCCAAACCCUAACAAUAUUGUGGUCACUAUUGGAGCUACUGUACCAACUGGCUUUGAGCUGACUGCAGCAGAUGAAGUGCAAGAGAAGCUAGGAUCAAAGUCUAGAAUUAGCAAGGACCGAGGGAAAAUCUAUUUUGAAAUUCCUGUAAUCAGCCUUCCACAGGUUCACCAGUUAAGAUCAGUGGACAACUUAUUUGUUGUUGUUCAAGAAUUCAAAGAUUAUCAGUUUAAAGAAACUAAGGAAGAAGCUCUAAAGGAUUUAGAGGACUUGGCUAAGAAACUGCCAUGGACUGAUCCUUUGGAAGUAUGGAGGUUAAAUACAAGCCUUAAGAAAAGAAAAACAAGACGGAAAAAAGGCAAUCAACAGACUAAUGCAAAGAAAGAGAAACUAGAGGAUGAUGGGAGCAGAGAGAGAACUGUUGAUAAAAAACUGUAUGAUCCUGUGCAAAAUGUUUUGGAGUCUACUGAAGUCCAAGAUCCAGAAAACACAGAUGAAACAUUGCCACCAGAUGAUGAUGAGCAGUCUGAUUCCAAAGAAGAGUUAACAUCAAAUGGCGAAAACAAAAAUGAAUCAGAUGACUGCAAGAAGUAUGAAAUGAAAACUGAGACACUGAAGUUCCGGGUGACAUGCAACAGAGCUGGUGAUAAGCACAGCUUUAAAUCAAAUGAGGCUGCCAGAGAUUUUGGAGGAGCUGUGCAAGAUUUCUUUCAGUGGAAAGCAGACAUGACCAAUUUUGAUGUGGAGGUUCUUCUCAACAUCCAUAAUAAUGAAGUAGUAGUGGGGAUUGCCUUAACAGAGGAGAGUCUUCAUAGAAGAAAUAUUACACAUUUUGGGCCCACAACUCUUCGAUCCACUCUAGCUUAUGGUAUGCUCAGGCUCUGUGAUCCUCAACCAGCUGACAUAAUAAUUGAUCCAAUGUGUGGGACAGGUGCUAUACCAAUAGAGGGGGCUACUGAAUGGGCUAACUGCUAUCAUAUUGCUGGGGAUAACAAUCCACAGGCUGUGAAGAGAACAGCAAAUAAUAUCUCCUCUUUACUGAAGCAAAUUCAAAGUAAAGAAAGCACAUCUGCAGGCACACCAAUAGAUAGUAUUCAGUGGGAUAUCUGUAGUCUACCACUGAGAACCAGCUCUGUGGAUGUCAUUGUAACAGAUAUGCCAUUUGGAAAGAGGAUAGGGUCUAAGAAAAAGAACUGGGAUCUCUACCCAUCCUGUCUUAUGGAAAUGGGCCGGAUCUGCAGACCAAGGACUGGCAGAGCUGUGCUGCUGACUCAAGAUAGGAAAUGCUUUGCCAAGGCUUUGUCAAAAAUGGGACACCUAUGGCGAAAGUCUCACACUAUUUGGGUGAAUGUUGGGGGACUCCAUGCUGCUGUUUAUCUUCUGAAACGCUCUGCAGAAAAAAUUGAAGAGGCAAGAUCAUACUGGUAACAUCUUGAUCAAUGUACUAACCACACCUGCACUCUUAUACAUUUCUGAGGGCUGUUUGUUAAAUGUCUCCCUGUGAUUCUGAGUUAACCCAUCCUUAUGAUCUUGAACGGGGCCAAAAAUAUAAGUGAGCAAGCAUGCUGGUCCAAGGAUCAGUUGUGUCAUACCUGUCUAGAAGUUCUCGAAGGAGCUUUCAGGGCUUAAGUAGAAAAAUGUAACCAGUUCUUAUUAAUGAAUCUAGUAACAUUUUAUGUGCCUGUGAAUCUGAGUUACUAUUUCAGUUUGGGUGCAAAUGUAUUUUUCAUAUUCAUAGGGCAGGUUAUUCUGUUUUGUCAAAAGGUGAGAAGGGUGGCCUUUUCCCCUAGAGCUAAUUUAAAAUACUGUUGUGUUAAACUCCUGCGGACUGUUUCCUGGAGUGUUAUUCAAUUUAGAAUGUAUUUUAGGUAGGUACGGUUUUGUUUUAAUGAAAACAUUUUGCCAUUGAAGAACUUUGUUUUGUUUAGGAUUGACAAAAACAGACAACAAGGAUAGUAAUUUUUUUGUUUCUGUUCAUGGUAUGAUAAGCUGUACCCCAGAACCCAUUUGUUUAACAACUCAAGAUCUCAAUAAUGGUGCCAGUUUUCUCACCUGCUACCUCAGUUUAAGUCCCAAUUAACUUGUUUACUUCGAUAUGUCAUAUAUAUUGCUACUGUACAUAUGGCUGAGACUGUGUACUACCAACCUCGGUGUAUUUCUUUAGUCACGGCUUUUAUCAGAAUAAGACUUUGAAAAACGCUGUAGUAGUCUUCACAUGUUGGACACAGGAUAGAUUUAGAUGAGAAUAGUGUGGCAGAAUUUAACCAGAUAAUAAGUAGAUAGCUGUGUCAUCUAACAAAGAAUAUGUUCGACGGUUUCCUGACAGUAACCUAUAAUGAUGCUUGCACACAAUCCAUUGCACACAAUCCAUUGACCAAGAGAUGUUACCAGUGGAUAGUGUCCAUUGAUUUAUAUGUGUACUGAAACUGAUUUAUCAAAUUUGGGAGGUUUUUUCCCCAUGAGCUUGAAAAGAAUAGCUAAAUAACUAACUAUUCUAAAAUGUGUAUUAGAUGUACUGCUCUGCAGUCUAGAAAGCAUUUAGGAGUUGAAAACCAUACAUGCUUGAAUUUUUUUGUUUGGAAUUUGUGUUAGUUAAAGGUUCAAGGGUGGAAUUCAUGCCUGUGAGAUAAGCAGUGAGUUAUCAUACACCUCUGAAAGGCUAUUGAAUGAGGUUGUUCUAUGAGAUAUAAAGCACCAGCACUGUUCCAAUUACUGUAAAAGGGUGGCUCUUUCUUUGUCAUUAGAGCACUUUUACCAGGUUGCCAUUUCUUUUCUAGGGAGGCUGCUUUGGUGUUUCUCAGUGGUUCAUUGUUGUUGUAUUGAAUUUUGAUGUUAUAAUUUUACAGGUGUGUAAUAAAAUUUUUACCAGGGUUA